AUGUGCGGGAAAACAGAUCAUUUGGCCAAAAAUUGUCCACUGCGAAGACCUGAAGCCGCCAAAGAGAGCGUUUAUUUUGGCGGAGAACACAUGGGUGGUGCAGACGAAGACGACUUUCACACUCUAAGAAGAAGAAAUGCGGACGUUGAUAAAGAGGAACGAACAGAACAGUAUAUAGCACGAACCGCCAAGAGAGAAUCAAAAGACCGACCGCAAAACCCAAGGUUGUCGCUUUCUGAUUGGGCGUACGGGAAUGGUUUACUUUUUUGGCUAUUUGGAAUUCUGGAUCACCCUCCAUCGGUCAAAAUUUUGCAAAUUAUCCGACGAUCUCUGCUCCACGAGCUCUCUGGCUGCCUUGAGUUUCUGCGCCAAUAUAAAGUAGAGAGUAUGAUCACCCUUCAAGGAUCUUCGCCGUUUUCGGCUACAAGGUUGGCCGGAAUUCUUCAGUCAGCUCAGAAGCACAUACCCUCUCUUGAGAGCAUCGAUGCGACUUAUAUUCAUUUCGUCAAAUUUAAAGGACCCGCCGAAGAAAAGACUUUGGUUGACAGCAACUCCCUGGAGCGUCAAAUCCUGGACGCCUUGCUUCUUUAUGGCGAUGAUAUCGUUACUCCUGAAACCCGGCAAGCGCUUGUACGACCUGAAGACUCUCAAAUCGGCACUACAGUUGCUUAUGUCUACCCAAGAGCGGGCUCGAUAUCCCCGUGGUCUAGCAAGGCAACCGAUAUUGCUCAUAUGUGCAGACUUGAUGCUCACGUUGAUCGCUUAGAACGAGGCAUUGCAAUCGUCUUCCACAGCUCCGAUAAACAUCAGCUUUCUCUUAGUGCUAUUUCACCCAUCUCUCACCUCCUGCAUGAUAGAAUGACUCAGACUUUAUCUCUCCAAGCACCGGUCUUCGACGACAUUUUUGUAGAGCACGCACCUGGUAGUCUGCGAACGGUUGAUCUAGUUGGGGCUACAAAUGCCCGUGAAACACUCUCCAAAGCAAACAAAGAACUUGGCCUUGCUUUAGCUGUGGAUGAAAUCGAUUACCUGGCCGACGCGUUCGUAGACGGCCCGAAUCCUCUGGCUCGUAAUCCCACCGAUGCAGAACUCUUCAUGUUUGCUCAAGUCAACUCUGAGCAUUGUCGCCACAAAAUCUUCAACGCGGACUGGACAAUCGACGGAAAGAAGCACGAUCAUUCUUUAUUCCAAAUGAUUCGCAAUACCGAACGCAUUAACGGUGCAAACACUAUUUCCGCAUACUCGGACAACGCUGCAGUCCUGCGCGGGUCUACUGCCCCGCGUUUUGCUCCUCGUCCAGACGGGGAGUACACCUCUGAGGUCGAAGACAUCCCUAUGCUCAUCAAGGUCGAGACUCACAACCAUCCAACCGCCGUCUCCCCCUUCCCCGGAGCAGCUACUGGUUCCGGCGGCGAAAUUCGAGACGAAGGUGCCGUUGGUCGAGGAUCAAAGCCCAAGGCAGGGCUAUCUGGCUUCGCAGUUUCGGACUUGCGCAUUCCAGGUUUUAUUCAGCCAUGGGAAGCUGAUUUCGGGUACCCCUCUCACAUUGCCACCUCGCUCGACAUCAUGAUUGAGGCUCCGCUUGGCGCGAGUGCAUUCAACAACGAGUUCGGUCGUCCCGCUCUCGGGGGAUAUUUCAGAACCUUCUCGCAACGGGUCAGUGGUCAAGACUGGGGAUACCACAAACCCAUCAUGAUCGCUGGCGGGUACGGGAACGUUCGCCCUAAAUUCGCUCUCAAGACCGGUGUUCUCCCUGGCGCUGCCUUGAUCGUCCUGGGUGGUCCGGGGAUGCUUAUUGGGCUUGGUGGAGGCGCUGCCUCUUCGUUGGCAUCAGGUGCCAGUUCUGCCGAACUCGACUUUGCGUCCGUACAACGCGAAAAUCCGGAAAUGCAACGCCGCUGUCAGCAAGUGAUCGAUGCCUGUGUCGCGCUUGGGGAUGCCAACCCAAUCCUUUCGAUCCAUGAUGUUGGGGCCGGAGGUCUCUCUAACGCACUUCCAGAGCUCGUGCAUGACUCAGAUCUAGGUGCUCGCAUUGAGAUACGUGACAUCUUGGUUGCUGAUGGAUCAAUGUCGCCCAUGGAGAUUUGGUGCAACGAAUCUCAGGAACGCUAUGUUCUCGGAGUCAAGCAGGAAGACUUACCACAAUUUAAGCAAAUAGCUUUGCGAGAACGUUGUCCAUACUCGGUUGUAGGAAUCGCCACCGAAGAGCAAAGACUCAUUGUAUCGGAUCGCAUACAUGGGGAUACCAGCAUUAUUGAUCUGUCUAUGUCCACUCUAUUUGGCAAGCCUCCCAAGAUGUCUCGCGCCGACGCGCAUCCACCCCAAUCUACUUCCAAUUUUGAUACUUCAUUGGCCACCCACGUUUCUUCCUCUUCUUUGACUUCGCAAAUUAGCGAUGCCGUUGACCGAGUACUCAGGUUGCCGUCCGUAGGUUCCAAGUCAUUCCUCAUAACUAUUGGCGACCGAACUAUCACGGGCCUUGUGACGCGGGACCAGAUGGUUGGCCCUUGGCAAACACCCGUUUCCGACGUUUCUGUCACACGCACUUCCUAUGGGUUCGACGUGCUUACAGGAGAGGCUAUGGCUAUGGGAGAGCGCACCCCUGUCGCAAUCCUGAAUCCUGCCGCUUCUGCGCGGAUGGCAAUUGCCGAGUCACUUACUAAUCUUGCUGCCGCGUCUGUUGAGAGCAUCUCAAAAGUCAAGCUGAGUGCUAAUUGGAUGUGUGCCGCAUCCAGAGCCGGCCAGGGUGCUGCACUAUAUGCUGCCGUUCAGGCUGUUGGUCUCGAGCUGUGCCCUGCCUUGGGCGUCGGCAUUCCCGUCGGCAAGGAUUCCAUGUCAAUGUCGAUGAAGUGGAAGAAGGAUGAAGAAAAUAUGGAUGUGUCGGCGCCCUUGUCGCUCAUCGUUACCGCCUUCACUCCAGUUGAUAACGUGCGCAAUACUUGGACGCCAGCUCUUCGAGGAGAUAUUCUGGAACCUACCGUGCUUGUUUUUGUUGACUUGGCCAAUGGAAAACAGAGGCUGGGAGGCUCGUCUCUGGCUCAGGUCUACGCUCAAGUCGGGAACGAAACCCCCGAUGUCGAAAACGCUGCUAUCCUUCGUGGCUUCUUUACGGGGUGCUAUGAAUUAAAAAGUACAUCCCCUAGCAUCGUCCUGGCAUAUCAUGACCGUUCAGACGGAGGACUUCUUACCACGCUGGUCGAGAUGGCCUUUGCCGGCCGAUCCGGGUUUAAUGUUUUACUUGAGUCCAUUGCACAAAACGAAGAAAGUAUUAUACCCGCUCUCUUCAAUGAAGAACUUGGUGGUUUAUUCCAAAUCCGAGAGGCAGAUGUUCAAAAAUUCAAAGCUAUACUGGCGAAGCAUGAGGUUGGCUCCAACUUGGUUCACGUACUUGGCCUUGUCAAUCAGAGCUCGCAGGACAUUUCAAUUACAUACCACUCAAACAUCAUAAUUUCCAGUACUCGUCCCGAACUGCAGCGUAAAUGGGCCGAGACAUCCUACAAAAUGCAACUUCUCCGCGAUUAUCCUCGCGCCGCGGAUGAAGAAUACUCGACUAUCUCUGAUGAAGCUGAAACCGGCCUACGAUAUGACUUAACAUUCCCGGAGCCGCAGCCUUCGCUCACUCCGGCAUCCGGCCCUAAAGUUGCUAUCCUUCGCGAACAAGGGGUCAAUGGUCAAAUCGAGAUGGCCUGGGCAUUCGCUGCCGCUGGAUUUACCUCGAUCGAUGUUCAUAUGUCAGACAUUAUUGCGGGUACUGUUGAUUUGUCAGGGUUUAGAGGUGUUGCUGCCUGUGGCGGGUUCUCAUACGGCGACGUGUUGGGUGCUGGGAACGGAUGGGCGAAGUCUAUCCUGCUGCAUGACGGAGCUCGCAAACAAUUCACCGACUUCUUUGCCCGAAAAGACACAUUUGCUUUGGCUGUUUGCAACGGGUGCCAGCUUUUCAGUCAACUGAAGACUAUUAUUCCUGGCGCAGAGAGCUGGCCAAGUUUCAAGCCGAAUCAGAGCGAGCGAUUCGAGGCCCGUGUCUCUAUGCUAGCUAUCGAGGAUACGCCUCAGACAAGAAAUUCAGUGUUUUUGCGACACAUGCGUGGCUCGAAACUACCGGUCGCCGUCGCACAUGGAGAAGGGCGAGCUACAUUCUCAGAUGACCCAUCGAACUUUGUUGAUGCUGGCCUCGCGCCUUUGAGAUACGUUGAUUCGACUAGCAAGCCUACUCAAAAAUAUCCAGCAAAUCCAAAUGGCAGUGUCGCGGCGGUUGCGGGGGUUCAGACACCUGAUGGUCGUGUGCUAGCCCUUAUGCCUCACCCUGAACGUAUCGUCACUCUUGAAAGCAAUAGCUGGUAUCCGCCUUCGAUUGCUGACUGGAAAGUUGGCCCGUGGUAUCGUUUGUUCUUGAGCGCUCGCGAAUGGUGUCAGUGA